AUGAGUCGCUUCUACUUCGGAGACUCCAACUCCUCAGACGAUGACGACGAUACACUGCCCUACCCGACGCCUUUGCAGCGCUCCGACUUCCUAGCCCCCGACUUCUCGCCCUCUACCUACCUCUCCACGCUGCACAACCGUCACCAGACGCUCGAGGACCUGCGCUCCGAGCUGCGCGCGCGCUCGCAGUUGCUCUCCAAAGAGCUGCUCGACCUCGUCAACUCGAACUAUCAGGACUUCCUGGGCCUGGGACGCAGCUUGAAGAAUGGCGACGAGCGGGUUGAAGAGGUGAGAGUAGGCCUGCUAGGGUUCAGGAAGGAGGUGGAGAGUGUCAAGGCACGGGUCGUGGAAAGGGAAGAAGAGGUUCAGAGAGAGGUAGAGGAGAGGGUUAGGAUCAGGCGGCAGAUUGCGGUGGGCAGGGCGCUGGUGGAUUAUGAGGCGCGCUUGAAGGCGCUCGAAGAUCAACUGGUUAUCGAGACAGCGGGGAAGGAUGCGCCGGCGGCUGGAGAAGAUGUGAGCGAUAGUGAGGAAGAGUCAGACGAGGAGGAUGACGAAGGGCCGGUGGGAUUGUCAAUAUCGAAGCUCAGGAGACAUGUGCUGCAGUAUCGACUGAUACAGGAGGUGGAGAAAGGCCUGGGCAAGCAUCCGUUUGUUGCGGCGCAGGCACCGCGGAUGAUGAAGGUGCGAAACACACUGUUGCUGGAUCUGAGUACCGCGCUGCAGCAAGCGAGGAGUGCCGGAACAUUUGGGAAGGAGAGAGUCAUGAAGGUUAUGAAGAUCUAUGUGGAUAUGGAAGAAUCCGCAGAGGCGGUAAAAGUACUAAAGUCCUUGAAGGCAUGAGGCGUCUACGAGCAGGAUAUUGAGCAUAGCGAUGGCGUUUGGACACUAUGGUACAUUGGUUUACAUGGCUACAUGGGAAGAUUACAAAGGACCCGAGAGUUCCUUCGGUGCUAUUGAAUUGGCGCCUCUGUAUUCGCCAGUUAAUGUGAAUCCGGGCGAGUUGGUAGAGCUGAGAAC